AUGGAGUUGAAUGCCAGAAGUCCUGUCGGAAGCGCACCGCACCUGUCUACGAGUUCUGCCACGUCUACACUUCGCUCGUCCGCCGUCCUGUCCAUCGGCGCUCAACAUCCCAAGCCACCGAAGCAGCAGCACAACCCCAGGUGGCGGGUGGUGCUCGGCUGCGUUGUGGGCGGUGCUGCAAGAGUUGUCGCAUGCCCGGCCAAGAAAACGGAGCAAGAGGAGUUUUUGGAUGCCCAAGCGAAGAUACCAGUUGAAGUGAGUCCUCGCCCUCCUUUCGAUGAGCUUGGAGAGUCAUGGACAAGUGCACAGCUGGACAAAGGGAUAUUGACUGCCUUGCAUCAACAGGGCUUCAGGCGACCUACAGCUUCCCAAAGGUGGGCAGUUCCAUUGCUGCUGUCUGGAAAGGACGUCAUGGUUUGCUCACAGACCGGCUCAGGAAAGACGCUGGCUUACGUCGUCCCAUUGAUUCAAUUGCUGUGCAGACGUCGACCAAAGAGUCGAUCAAAAGUGGCAUCGCCCGGUGCAGUGGUGAUUGCCCCCACGCGAGAACUCGCAGCUCAGAUUGCCUCCGAAGCCGCUGCGUUGCUUCAAGGAAUGCAACUGCAAGUUGCAUGCAUCUUCGGUGGUGUCCCAUAUAGAUCCAGCAAGUUGGUGCUUCAGAAUGGGUCGGACCUACUGGUAGCUACACCUGGCCGCUUGGAGGAUGCUUGUUUGCGGGGCGAUGUCCAACUGCGUGAUGUUCAAGCAGCUGUGUUGGAUGAGGCAGACCGGUUGUUGGAUUUGGGCUUUGAAGAUCAGAUCCGCAUCCUGUUGACCCGCAGAAUGGCCAAGACCGGGGAAGGAAGGCAAACAGCGAUGUUCAGUGCAACAUUCGGAACGGGAGUACAACACUUGGCAGCCGACUUUUUGGAUGCAUAUACCUUCGUAGCAGUGGGGCGAGUGGGCAGUGCUGCACAGACCGUCGAACAGCGUUUGGUUUGGGUUGAGGAUGAUGCCAAGCCCCAGGCUUUGCUCGGUGCAUUGUUGGCCCUGGAGCAAAGGACCACUGUGGCUGGUGCCGGCGCCCAGGUGAUGCCGUGUGCAGUGGUGUUUGUGAACACCAAGGAUGCGGCUCGACUGGUAGAGCAAAGGGUUCGUGGCUGGAAGUUCCAAUGCUUUUCGAUCCAUGGAGAUAAGAAGCAGGAAGCUCGAGAAGAGGCUUUAGGCCGCUUCCAAGCUCACAUUGAAGGCCGCUUCUUCGCACCACGAGUGCAGAAGCCUCACCGUGGUGCGUCAGACCGCGCGGAGUCUCGCCGCGACCGCCCAAAAGGCGCAGUGGUGCUGGUGGCCACCGAUGUCGCAGCACGUGGACUUGACAUUCCGAACAUCUCGUGUGUGAUUCAUUACGACCUGCCCCGCAGGAUUGAUGACUAUGUGCAUCGCUCGGGUCGCACCGGUCGAUUCGGCCGCAGUGGUAUGUCCAUUGGCUUCGCCAAUGCGGCGGCCAAGGGGAUCAGUGGUGAUUUGGCGAAAGGCUUGGUCGAAGCUGGAACCCAGCCUCCUCCCUGGCUGAUAGGAAUGGCGAUUUCUGCAGGCAUAGCAGUGGAAGACCUUCAAAAGCUGGCUUGGUCUCGGCCAGGUGAAGAGACGCAAGGUCUCAGCCACGCUUCCCAAAGCUAUGGAGCACAAGAUGUGCGCCUCAAAGGAGCCGGCCUGCAAACGGCGGUCGAACGACGAGAAGCUCAGAAGCUUCGGAGCUUCGCAGCAGAUGCCUAUGGAAGAGAAAAGGAUUUGGCUGAUACUAGCGGUGACCUUGCGAAGCACCGCACCAAGACCUGCCUAGUGCCUAGGAUCUACAGACCCUUGGUGGUUGAGAAGCCGGAAUUGGUUUUCUACUUCUUGGGCCUCCUGCUCAUCUUGCCAAUUACCCUUCUGAAUCUGGUAACUGCAGUGCUUGUGGAGAACGGAAUUACACAAGCGCAGAAAGAAGCUGAGUUCGAGAUGAAGGCCCGAAGUGCAGAAAUGCGGUCGGCAGUGAUGCAACUUCUGGACCUUUUCACGGAACUGGACGGGAAUGAAAACGGCGGCCUCAGUCGCAUGGAACUUGCCAAAGUGCCAGAGAAAGCUGUUCCAAAGGAUUUGCUCGAUACAUUGGCGGUGGAAGAUUUGUGUGAUCUCUUCGAUCUGUUGGAUGUUGAUCACACAGGUGAAAUUUCGCAAGAGGAGUUCGUCGAUGGUGUGCUGCAGAUGGUUGUACGUGAUGUGCCUGCUGAAACCAUGAGAAUCAUGAAGCUUCUUCAAUCUGUGCAUCGUACAGUGCACUGCUUGAAUGAUUCGUACAGCACGAUGCUGAGCCAAGCGGAAAUGACCUCCUGUUUGUGA